AUUUGAAUCGAGGCAACUCUCUUUCCCGUCUGAGGAAGCACAAACGCACCCAGAGAGAUGAUGAGGAUGGUGAUGAUGACCAGCCAGCAGUAGCUACAUGUGCAAGAAUCGACAGUUAUGGGUGUGUUCGUUGGCAGCCAGCGGACUAUCCAGAUGGGGAAACAUCAGCAUCAUUAGAGGAAAGAAGCUUGAGAUGAUUGAUAUAUUCAGCCGAGAGGGACUAAAGGGCGCUGAGAGAGGAAGGGUAGAAGACCUAAUGGCAAUCACUUAUGCCAAACAGCGGGAAUACAUCAACGCAAAGCCUUCCCCAAGCAUUCUGGAUGUGGGUAAAGAGUGGCCAUUUCUCUUUUCACAGAAGUUUUUAUUGUCACACUUCACCACUCUCACCAAUGUUGAACUAUACACAAGACUGAAUGAAGAUAUGGACAAAAAGGGUAAAAGACUCCUGGAUUUCUUCAGUAGUCAGAUUACAAAGUGGAGGAAAGAAGUAAGAGCUGUUCUGAAGGAAGCCAUAAAGAAGGACCGAGAAGGAUCUGAUGGCCUAGCAGCGAUGCUUGUGAUGUUGGCACACUUCAAAGAGCAAGAGGAGUCAAUUUUUCUCAUUGCUGAUGAGACUACCACUCCCGCAGACGCAGAGGCCCAGCUGUCUCUCCCAGUCACUCCAAGGAUCAUCAUGCUCGGAGAGACAAUACUGACUGCAAAAAAAUGGAUGCUGUCGAUCGAGGGGAAGGUCGUAAUCCCACCUCGUGCUCACAUGGCAGACUUCACCACUGCCUUGGCCGCUCUCUUCGCCUGUUACUAUGUAUUCAACCUAGAGUAUCAGGUGGAAGCCAGCACAACACUGGAGUUUGUUCAGAGGUUUUUAGUCAGGAUUAAUCCUGACUCCAACAAGUGCACUGCCAAGGAGCAGAUGAGCAAGACGACUGGGAGAGUGGUGAAGCGGAAGACUUCAUACAUGAACCCCCAUGUCAUCUCCUUCAUCAGGGACUUCACGGAGUUCUAUUUGCUAACUGACUAGAUACAGGGCUCCAACUAGGAUUCUAGGUCUCCAAGGUCAGGGCAUGCAAGAGGCCAUAGUGGCAGGGGAAGUUUAUUUUCCUUUCUGUUUUAAAUGUUGAUGCAAAUGUUAAAUAUUUAAUUUUUUUUUAAUGUUCAAUAUUUUAUUUUAUUUCAGUAUUGCCAUAGUGUUAUUUAUUACUCUUUAGAAUGUGGUAAUAAUCAGUUAUUUGCACAGCUUCAAAGUAGUUAAAUUUUUUGACCAUGUUGUAUCAAUUUGCGUUAUUGUUCUGCCAUAGCAACCAGUCAUGUGGAACUAGUGAAUGAACUAGUAACAGUUUGCUCUGUAACUUUACAAAACUUGUAAUGAAAUAGCCUCGUUUUGUAAAAUUUUCUUAAGUCAGUAAUUAAAUUUAGCAACAGUAGAAUACGCAGAUAAUAGACUUCACGCCAUUAAAAAUUACAAACACAGAAUGUUCGUUAACUUUGGAUGGCAUAAUGGCAUGUUGUCCAAUGUCAAUUAUCCCUUUAUGUUGUACCUGUUUUGUCAUUCCUGUUCACCAAAUGUUUUUAAAUAAACAACUGUUAACAAUU